UUUUCUUCAUUUAAAAAAACAAAUAAAAAUGUCUACUAAAAACAAAAUAAUUAAAUGUAAAGCAGCUAUUGCUUGGGAGGCUAAUAAACCAUUAAGUAUUGAAGAAAUUGAAGUAAGUCCACCACAAAAAGGUGAAGUCAGAAUAAAGAUUUGUUAUUCAGCUAUUUGUCAUUCUGAUAUUUAUGCAUUAGAAAGCGAUAAGACUAAUUAUCCAAUAAUUCUUGGUCAUGAAGCUGCAGGAAUUGUUGAAUCUGUUGGGGAAGGUGUUAGAGAUGUUGUAGCUGGUGAUUAUGUAAUUCCUUCUCCUUUACCUCAAUGCCGUAAAUGUAAAAUUUGCUUAAAUUCAAAUGGAAAUAUUUGUGAAGAAUUUACUUUUGGAAAUAUUCGUAGCGAAAUAAUGGAUGAUGGAAAAACUAGAUUUAAUUGUAAAGGAAAACAAAUAUUUCAUUUUGUUGGUUUAAGUACUUUUAGUGAAUAUGAUGUUGUUAGAGAAGCUGCUAUAAAUCCAAAAGCUCCAUUGGACAAAGUUUGUUUAAUUGGCUGUGGAGUAACUACUGGGUAUGGUGCUCCUUUUAAUUCUUGUAAUGUUACAAAAGGCAGCACUGUGGGUGUUUGGGGAAUGGGUGCAAUUGGGUUAUCUAUUGUCUUGGGAUGUAAAGCAAAAGGGGCAGAAAAAAUUGUUGGAAUUGAUUGUAAUGAAGAAAGAUUAAAGAAUGCUGAAAAAUUCGGAAUAACUGAUUCACUAAAUCCAAAAAAUUUAAAUGGAGAUUCAAAAACAUUUGUUGAUUAUAUUAAAAAGAAAUAUGAAGGAGGUUUUGAUUUUACAUUUGAAGCUACAGGAAAUACAAAAGCUAUGAAAGAAGCUAUUGACUGCUCAAAAAUGUCUAUUGGACAGACAUGUAUUAUUGGGGUUUCAGAUGGUGAUGUUUGCAUUAAUGCUGCAGAAUUAGUAUGUUUUGGAAGAACUAUUCGUGGUUGUGUUGUUGGGGGAUAUAAAACUCGUGAUGCAAUGCCGAUGCUUGUUGAAAAAUAUUUAAAAGGGGAAUUACCUCUCGAGAAGUUUAUUGACUGGCGAUUUCCUUUAAUUCAAAUAAAUGAAGGAAUUGAACAUUUAAAGAAUUCUCGAGGUAUACGUUCUGUUAUUACUUUGGCUGGUGACAACAAAUAA